AUGCCGGACGAGCUAGCGAUCGAUCGCGAGAAGCACUGCCCCUUCCUCCUGCGAGUGUUUUUCAGCAAGGGGGCACACAACAAAGCCGAAGCCUUCGAAGCGCUGGACGAUACGCCACUUGCCAAUGAGCUGCACAUUUACACGUGGCCGGAUGCCACACUUCGAGAGAUGGCAGAUCUCGUGCAGGACUCGUACACCGACGCACGGAAGCUCAACAUGCGGCUGAGCAUUUGCGUCGUUUCAGAGACGCGAGAUGGAAGAGUGCUCAUGCGCAAAGUUGGGUUCGUGAACAGCAGUCGACGUCGAUGUGCUGACGGUUUCAAGACGCUCGCUAGUGUUCGGUUUGCCCCUGGGGACUUGCUCGAUAUUGCGCUGGUCGAGUAG